AUGAAAGCCUUCUCCAUUGUCCUGGCAGGCUUCGCCUCUGUCACUGUCGCACAGCAACAAACCCUCUGCGACCUAUACGCUUACUACUCCACCAACGGCUACGAGCUCCUCAACAACCUCUGGGGCCGCGACGCCGCAACCUCCGGCUCGCAAUGCACAUACUACGACGGCUUCAAUAACGGCAUGGCCUGGCACUCAAACUGGCAGUGGCAAGGUGCCGAGAACAACGUGAAAUCUUACGUUUACGCCGGCCGCUUGGCCACCAAAAAGUUGAUAUCGCAAUACAGCACCAUGCCGAGCACAGCGCAGUGGAGCUACAAUACGACAAACGUGCGCGCCAAUGUUGCGUACGAUGUGUUCACUGCUGCGGAUAUCAACCAUGAUAGGAGUAGUGGGGAUUACGAGCUUAUGGUUUGGCUCGCCAGAUUGGGCAACGUUUACCCCAUCGGUACCUCGCAAGGCAUGAAAACCGUCGACGGCCGCUCCUGGGAACUUUGGGAGGGAUACAACGGGGCGAUGAAAGUUUACAGCUUCGUUGCUCCAAGUCCUGUCACCAAUUACAGUGGUGAUAUCAAGAACUUCUUUACUUGGCUCACCAGCAACAAGGGCUAUCCUGCGUCGAGCCAAAACCUCAUCGUCUACCAGUUUGGUACUGAAGCUUUUACGGGUGGACCUGCAGCGUUCACAGUUAACAGGUGGUCAGCGGAGGCCAACUAA